GCGUGGCCUCUGGGCCUCGGCGCCUAGUGGGCGAGGAGCGCGGGCCCGCCUCCCUAUAUAAGGCGGGUGCCGCACUGCAGCUAGCGCACUUCUCACUGAGACCCGUCGCCCGGACUCUACGUGAGACCCACCGCCCGGACUCAACAUGCGUGAAUGUAUCUCAGUCCAUGUGGGGCAGGCAGGUGUCCAGAUGGGCAAUGCCUGCUGGGAACUCUACUGUCUGGAACAUGGGAUUCAGCCUGAUGGGCAGAUGCCCAGUGACAAGACCAUUGGUGGAGGAGACGACUCCUUCACCACCUUCUUCUGUGAAACCGGAGCUGGAAAGCACGUGCCCCGGGCAGUUUUUGUGGAUUUGGAGCCCACUGUAAUAGAUGAGAUCCGAAAUGGCCCAUACCGGCAGCUCUUCCAUCCAGAGCAGCUCAUCACUGGGAAAGAGGAUGCUGCGAACAACUACGCCCGCGGCCACUACACCAUUGGCAAGGAGAUCAUUGACCCAGUACUGGACCGGAUCCGCAAGCUGUCUGACCAGUGCACAGGACUUCAGGGCUUCCUGGUCUUUCACAGCUUUGGAGGGGGCACCGGCUCCGGCUUCACCUCACUCUUGAUGGAGAGGCUCUCUGUUGAUUAUGGCAAGAAAUCCAAGCUGGAGUUCUCCAUCUACCCAGCCCCCCAGGUGUCCACAGCUGUGGUCGAGCCCUACAACUCCAUCCUGACCACCCACACCACCCUGGAGCACUCAGACUGCGCCUUCAUGGUGGACAACGAAGCCAUCUAUGACAUCUGCCGCCGCAACCUGGACAUCGAACGCCCCACCUACACCAACCUCAACCGCCUCAUCAGCCAGAUCGUCUCCUCCAUCACAGCUUCCCUGCGCUUUGACGGGGCCCUCAACGUGGACCUGACAGAGUUCCAGACCAACCUGGUGCCCUACCCCCGCAUCCACUUCCCCCUGGCCACCUAUGCGCCAGUCAUCUCCGCAGAGAAGGCAUACCACGAGCAGCUGUCGGUGGCGGAGAUCACCAAUUCCUGCUUUGAGCCUGCCAACCAGAUGGUGAAGUGUGACCCCCGUCAUGGCAAGUACAUGGCCUGCUGCCUGCUGUACCGUGGAGACGUGGUGCCCAAGGAUGUCAACGCUGCCAUCGCCGCCAUCAAGACCAAGCGCAGUAUUCAGUUCGUGGACUGGUGCCCCACAGGCUUCAAGGUUGGCAUCAACUACCAGCCACCCACUGUGGUGCCCGGCGGUGACCUGGCCAAGGUGCAGCGUGCCGUGUGCAUGCUGAGUAACACGACCGCCAUCGCCGAGGCCUGGGCCCGUCUGGACCACAAGUUCGACCUGAUGUAUGCCAAGAGGGCGUUUGUGCACUGGUAUGUGGGCGAGGGCAUGGAGGAGGGUGAGUUCUCUGAGGCCCGGGAGGAUAUGGCUGCCCUGGAGAAGGAUUAUGAGGAAGUUGGCAUCGACUCCUAUGAGGACGAGGAUGAGGGAGAAGAAUAGACCAGCUGCCUGGAGCCCACUCACUAUGUUCAUUGCAAAAUCCUUUCGAAAUAAACAGUCUCCUUGCACGA